AUGUAAUAAUAAAAGAAAUCUCAGCCUCCAUCUGUUUUAAAUAGAACAAGAUCUCUAGGAAAAUAAUAAUAAUAAAAGCCAUAAUAAUAAUAAUAACCUUAACAAAUUUAAUAAUAACCUAAAUAGGGAUUCACUUAAUUGCCAAGUUAAAAGUUGACUAAUAUUAAGACAGUUGAUCCUUUCUCAGAUAAAUCAAAAUAAAAAACGUAAAUAUAUAUUAAUACUAAAGAAAUUCAUUUGCUUAUGUUUACAAUGCAGGUGGAAUACCUUGUAGAGUUAAUCAUGGUUGUAAUACAAUGAAAUUAUAAUGGAAUUAAGGAGUAGAAAUUGGUCAUUUGCCAUAUGAUCCUUUAAUGGCUACAUGCUUUGAAGGUUUGAUUGAAGAAGCACAUCCAUAUUGUUUCAUAGCUACAAAUGCAAUAAAAGAUAUGCUCAAUGAAUAAGUUUUAAAUUUAAAUUUUAAAAUGUUUUAGAAUGCCCAAGAAAAAGUCAUACCUAUUUUGGCAAAAUUAGUUUGGCCAUUAAGAACUGCCUUAUCUAGUUAAAACGACAAAGUUUUUAUGUCUUCUUUAGAAAUUCUAAAGUAACUCCUAUAAUAAUUCAUUUAAGAUUACUCUCCAAUACAAUAGGUUCACAUCUCAAUGGCCACCUUAAAAAUCUCUUGGUUCCAUUAAGUAAAAGGAUGGAUAAAAAGAAUCAAAAGGAAAUAAUAUAAGAUGUUUUAAGAUAGAUACAAGAUAAUGGGGUAAUGAUAUUGUAUCAAUAUUUAAAGGGACCUGAAACAUUGAAAUUAAUCAAAGCAGCAAUUCCUACUUAUACGAAUAUGUGA